AUGCUUUACGGCAUUAAAAUGGCGUCUCAUUUCAGCGGUGUGCUACAGUUGACAGAUCUCGAUGACUUUAUCACCCCCUCUCAGGAAUGUGUAAAACCAGUCAAGGUAGAGAAAAAGCAAGGCAGAUCAGUGGCCAAAAUUCAGAUCGAGGAUGACGGCAGUUAUUUCCAAGUCAAUCAGGAUGGCAGGGUGCAGAAGCUGGAGAAGGCAAAAAUCACUCUGAAUGACUGCUUAGCUUGCAGUGGCUGCAUUACAUCCGCGGAGAGCGUCCUUAUCACACAACAGAGCCAUGAGGAGCUGUACAGAGUGCUCCGCAAUAAUAAGAGUGGAGCAGAGGAGCAGAAGGUUGUGGUGGUAUCUGUGUCUCCCCAGUCCAGAGCCUCUUUGGCAGCACGCUAUGGCCUUAGUAGUACUGAGGCAGGCAGGAGGCUCACUGCAUUCUUCAAGAAUCUAGGGGUUCACCAUGUGUUUGACACCAGCUUUAGUCGCACCUUCAGCCUGCUGGAGAGCCAAAGGGAGUUUGUGGAGCGUUUCCAGAGGAAGGAGCAAGACAUGAAGGCUCUCCCCAUGCUGGCCUCUGCUUGCCCAGGGUGGAUCUGCUAUGCAGAGAAGACCCACGGAGAAUUCAUUCUUCCCUACAUCAGCACCACCCGCUCCCCACAGCAGGUGAUGGGGUCCCUGGUCAAGAGGUACUUCUCUGGACAGCAGGGUCUGAGCCCUCAGCAAAUUUACCAUGUGACCGUGAUGCCCUGCUACGAUAAGAAGCUGGAGGCCUCCAGGCCAGACUUCUACCUGACUGAAGACGAGACGAGGGAGGUGGACUGUGUCAUCACCUCAGGUGAGGUUCUGAAGAUGUUAGAAGAGGAGAAAGUAUCUCUUAAAGAUGUGGAACCUGCACCUUUAGACACAAUGUUCAGCAGCGUGUCUGAGGAUGAACUGCAGCGUCACGCAGGCAGUGGCUCAGGGGGGUACCUCCAUCACGUGUUCAGCCACGCAGCCAGACAGCUGUUCGGAGAGUUCAUCCCGGAGCUGACAUACAAGACACUCAAAAACAAAGACUUUCAAGAGGUGACAUUGGAGAAGGAUGGAGUCGUCCUGCUGCGUUUUGCUGCUACCUAUGGCUUCCGGAACAUCCAGAACCUAGUGCAGAAACUCAAGAGGGGCAAGUCGCCAUACCACUUUGUGGAAGUGAUGGCCUGUCCUUCAGGUUGCCUGAAUGGGGGGGGGCAGGUGAAGCCUUUACCUGAACAGUCCAACAAAGAGCUGCUACAGCAGGUGGAGGAUCUCUACGGGGCAGAGCACCCCCUAGUGCCUGAGGAGGAUCACCGUGUGGCAGAACUCUACAAGUCCUGGCUACUCUCUUUAGGGGAGGAAAAAGCCAAGGAGCUACUGCAUACACAGUACCAUGCUGUGGAGAAAGCUGGUAGUGGAUUCACUAUCAAGUGGUGAAGAGGGAUAUUGGCAGACAAAGGGGGAAGGUUAAGGGGACCUGUGGGGUCAAGGGCUGCAUAAGAUGACUAGUGGCUGGUGGUCAGGUCCAGUGAGAGAUACUUGCCAUUUAACUGUGGUAGCCUGUUCCUAACAUCAAAUAUACAGGUUUUAUUUCUAUACGCACAAGCUUAACCAUGUUUGUGUAUUACACUGAAGUUAUUAUAAUCUUCUAAACUGAUUAUGGACACCUUAAAAUUAUACAAAUUGUAUGCACUGAGGAUGUGGAACAUGUAUGUUGUUUUGUUUUACUUGACCUUGAUAUUUCAGAGAAGUCAUCAUUCCUGCCUUAUUUAUAAUAAACAAUGCUAUAUAGAUAAAUACAAUGAAUCUAUUAAAUACAUGCAGUGUGGUAUUUUGCAUCUUUAUCAGCGAGACAUUUAUUAUUAUUUAUUUUUUUGAAACAAAUUAUAAGGCACACUGGGAUGAUUUACUGUUUAGUUUCAAACGUAUUAGUAUAAAUGGGAGUUAAAUACACUUAACACAGAAAAAGCAAUGUACUGUAACAUAAUGCACAGCCUUUGUUUAAAAUGAAAAUUAUUCUGUUAUCGCUCUAACUCUGUUUACAUAGUGCUUUUCUGGGGUGAGCACAUACUGUACUUUGCUCUUCAGCCAGAUUGCUGUAAAGUAUUUGCAUGCACAUCCAUUAAGAAAAGGAAUGUUGAAACAAAUGGGAACAAAAAAAGGCUUACAACAUGGUUGAGAUGGCAAGGGAAUUGUGUAGCUUAGUAUUCAUUGUGAAAUAUUAGCCCAAAAGUGCAAUUCAAGAUAAGAACAAUGACAAGUUUCAAGUGAAGGGAAAAUGCAGCGUUGGUGACGGAGAAUGUCAUUUAGCUAAGAAAAUAAAUACAAUAACAGGUUAGAAUGAAACUGACUUGAUAAUUAUAAAUAUUUACUUAUGUCGAAUAGGUAUACACCUAAGUAUUAAGGAAUGGACUCACCCUACUGUUAUUGUCUGCUGCUGUAUUGCCCUGCAGUAUGUGUUAAAAUAGAAGAAUGUACCCUUUAAGUUGAUACAUCUCGCUGGA